GCGCGGGUAAAGGGGCUGCCUGGAGCGCGGUCCGAGCGUUCUGCCCUCGCACGCUGUCUCGCCUUACCUGCUCGCCGCCUGCCCCUCCCCCGCCCGCCGCCGUCACCCGGGAAACGGGCCGCGAUAGCCCGCUGACCCGAAGCUGGUUUCAUGGCAGCCGCGAAGAAAGCAGUUUUGGGGCCAUUGGUGGGGGCAGUGGACCAGGGCACCAGCUCAACGCGCUUUUUGGUUUUCAAUUCAAAAACAGCUGAACUACUUAGUCAUCAUCAAGUGGAAAUAAAACAAGAGUUUCCAAGAGAAGGAUGGGUGGAACAAGACCCUAAGGAGAUUCUGCAGUCUGUCUAUGAGUGUAUAGAGAAAACAUGUGAGAAACUUGGACAACUCAAUAUUGAUAUUUCCAACAUAAAAGCUAUUGGUGUCAGUAACCAGAGGGAAACCACUGUAGUCUGGGACAAGUUAACCGGAGAGCCUCUCUACAAUGCUGUGGCCGCUCCAGUCUCUCCUGGCCCUUCAGAUCCAGUUGCCGUUGUUCCCUCUGGCUCUUCAGUUCCAGCUGCUGGCACUUCCUCAGUGUGGCUUGAUCUGAGAACCCAGUCUACCGUUGAGAAUCUUAGUAAAAGAAUUCCAGGAAAUAAUAACUUUGUCAAGUCCAAGACAGGCCUUCCACUUAGCACUUACUUCAGUGCCGUGAAACUUCGUUGGCUCCUUGACAAUGUGAGGAAAGUUCAGAGGGCUGUUGAAGAAGAUAGAGCUCUUUUUGGGACCAUUGAUUCAUGGCUUAUUUGGAGUUUGACAGGAGGGGCCAAUGGAGGUGUCCAUUGUACAGAUGUAACAAAUGCAAGUAGGACAAUGCUUUUCAACAUUCAUUCUCUGGAAUGGGAUAAAGAGCUCUGCGAAUUUUUUGAAAUUCCGAUGAAAAUUCUUCCAAAUGUCCGGAGUUCUUCUGAGAUCUAUGGCCUAAUGAAAAUCUCUCAUAGCCUGAAAGCUGGGGCCUUGGAAGGUGUGCCAAUAUCUGGGUGUUUGGGGGACCAGUCUGCUGCAUUGGUGGGACAAAUGUGCUUCCAGGAUGGACAAGCCAAAAAUACGUAUGGAACAGGCUGUUUCUUACUAUGUAAUACAGGCCGCAAGUGUGUAUUUUCUGAGCAUGGCCUUCUGACCACAGUGGCUUACAAGCUUGGCAGAGACAAACCAGUGUAUUAUGCAUUGGAAGGUUCUGUAGCGAUAGCCGGUGCUGUUAUUCGUUGGCUAAGAGACAAUCUUGGAAUUAUACAGACCUCAGAGGAAAUUGAAAAACUUGCUAAAGAAGUAGGUACUUCUUACGGCUGCUAUUUCGUCCCCGCGUUCUCAGGGUUAUACGCACCUUACUGGGAGCCCAGUGCGAGAGGGAUCAUCUGUGGGCUCACUCAGUUCACCAAUAAAUGCCAUAUUGCUUUUGCUGCAUUGGAAGCUGUUUGUUUCCAAACCCGGGAGAUUUUGGAUGCCAUGAACCGCGACUGUGGAAUUCCGCUCAGUCAUUUGCAGGUAGACGGAGGAAUGACCAACAACAAAAUUCUUAUGCAGUUGCAAGCAGACAUUCUGUAUAUCCCAGUAGUGAAGCCCUCGAUGCCCGAAACAACCGCCCUGGGAGCUGCCAUGGCCGCAGGGGCCGCAGAAGGAGUUGGCGUUUGGAGUCUCGAACCCGAGGAUCUGUCCGCGGUCACAAUGGAGCGCUUUGAACCCCAGAUCAAUGCUGAGGAAAGUGAAAUUCGUUACUCUACAUGGAAGAAAGCUGUGAUGAAGUCAGUGGGUUGGGUUACAACUCAGUCUUCGGAAAGUGGUGACCCUAGUAUCUUCUGUAGUCUACCCUUGGGCUUUUUUAUAGUGAGUAGCAUGGUAAUGUUAAUCGGAGCAAGGUACAUCUCAGGUAUCCCAUAAAUGAUACCAACUCAUGGAUUCCAAAGAUGCAAGCUCUUUGCCUAAUGAGAGAAUCCAGCGAUUGUCUCUUAAUGUGAUGACACUAUUCGUAGACUCUGAUUUUAUUUAUAAGCCACUUGCUGCAUGACCCUCCAAGUAGACCUGUGGCUUGAAAUAAAGACAAUGCAGCAGAAAGAAUGCUAUAGAAACAUUUGGUGUGUUUUUUAACAUCAAGAGUUAAGAUUGGACCAGCCACCUUGGGGGCUGACCCCUCCUUUGCCAUCGCGUCCUGCCCCAUUCCCUCUGAGAUCUAGGAAGAAUUCAGGUCCUUCAUUGGAAUCUUUCAUCAGACACACUCAAACGCUGAUGGUCUAGGAUUUGACUCUCUGCACUGCACACACUUGACUAAGGGGUGAUUACUAACCAGCUAAAAAUGAGUGGCUUUUUGUUUCUCUUUAAUAGACCCUAAAAGUCCUCUUUUCUGCAUAUUAAGGAGACCACAACAUCUUCCCUGAAUGUUUAAAUGGACACCUCUACUAAAUCCUUAAAAUGGAAAUUUAGUACUCUCAAACUUAGAUAUUUUCCAGAAAGGUAUUUGCCAAAACUGAAAUUCGUCGGACAUUUUACAUGGUCUCACUAAUUCACUGAAUUGCUGUCUGGGUCUUCUAGGGAAGGACGCUUUUUCCUUUCUUUUUUCAUCUCUCCUUUUUAUAUUUUUCACUUUGUAUGUAUAACAUACAUGGCUAUAUAUAUAUUUUAUAUACUGAGGGCAACCCAUUUAUAAAUUAAGAGUACAUUUUACAUGACCUCACUAAUUACACUGAAUUUCUGUCUGGAUCUUACAGGGAAGAACCCUUUUUCUUUUCAUCUCUCCUUUUUAUAUUUCUUACUUUGUAUGUAUAACAUACAUGCCUAUAUAUUUUAUAUACAGAGGGUAGCCCGUUUAUAAAUUCAGAGCACAUUGUAUUCAGUAGGUUAUAAUGGAGCUGGUCUUAAGUGGACCACUAUGUGUAUAAAUAUUUUGGGGAAAACACUGUAUACAUUUUUGGGCAACGGUUAUGCAUAUUUACAAGGAGAAACUUUUUCUUAAAGAGCCAGCAUUUAAAGCUUAAGUAUAUGUUCCAUGUCAAUAAAAGAAAAUGUACUUUAUUGUGACUUCAACUAUAUCUCUUAUACCUUAUCUUUUUAUUUAAUUGUUUUAGCUGGAUAUAUGUCUUUAAAAAAAAGGAAAAAGACAAAACUGUGGAAUACUAUGGUAAAUAUUGUUUUCAAACAAGCACUAGUCCAUAUAAAGUUGUCUUCCUUUGACAUAAUUUAGACAUAUUAGGGAUUUUUUUGAGGGAAUAGCAAAAAAGGUUAAACACUUAAGUAGAAGAAAACCUUAGGAAUAAAGCCAAGAAUCUCUUUCUAUCCAAAUACGUUAUUAAUUGCUGGUAAGCAAGUAUAAUUUCUAUUUGGGAUCACAGAGAAUUAUGUCCACUUACUGUUCUAGUACAACUGAAGAAAGGUUUGCAAUUAGAAAUGGCUUCCAGUGAAACCAAGAAUUUCUCAAAAUGGUUAGUAUUACAUGUUAUAAAAACCUACCUAAUCUAGCACUUAAUGUCAAUUUUUUUAAAUCUUAAAAUUAAUUUCUGUUUACUACAAGUAAGAAAAUACUGCCUCCUAAUAUUUUCUUCAACCAGGGCUGACAAUGGAAAAUAUUUAUAUAUUAGUAUAAAAGGUGUUGUUUUGUCUGGAAUUAAUGGUAGCUUGCAUUUGCAAUUCUGAUUGUGCUGUUCCUAAAUUAUUCAGUCUACUUGGGUUUUAUUGAUGCAGCUGCUGCUUGUGUGACAAAAAUAUUAUAGAAAGGUACUGUGAAAUUAUUACUUUGUGUUGAGGGUACUUUUAAACAUAAUUAUGUUUCUACAAAAGUAGGUUGAGUUAAUUGUAAAUAAUUGUUAAAUCACUGUUCAAAAUAAUUUUAAGAUUCCAUUAAUUUUCUAUAAAUUGCGAUAUUUAUAAAUGUUUGAAACUGUGCACAUUGGUAUUUAAUGAUAAAUUGACUUAAAAUAAAUUGACCCCUCAUUCUUA